UCAGCUCUGCUCCAUCUCGGCUUUUGCAGGCAGCUGGUGACUGGCAGAUGACAUCACUGGGGGUUGUGGCUGCUGAUGUGGAGAUGUGGAGCUGCUCGUUCCAUGAUCGCACUCAGUGCUGCUGCGGUGCAGGUGAAGGCUCCGGCAUCAUGUUGCAGCAGGACACAGCUGAUCUUCUCCAGGGGGGGCGCAGCCGCCAUCAGAGGCGACUAUAGUGGCGGAUGCAUCAGUCUGCGCUGCAGGAUCCCCCCUGGUUCAUUGCUGGUAUAGACCCCACUGUGCUGCACUCUGCUCCUCCUGCGCUGCACUCUGCUCCUCCCGCGCUGCACUCUGCUCCUCCUGCGCUGCACUCUGCUCCUCACCUUCCUCCUCACCCUGAGGUGUCUCCUGCUCUUCUAGAGGAUGCUGCAGGCUACGCGGCCCAGGUCUGCAUGGGGUCUGAACAGGUCGCCUUGUCUUGUGCUGGAGGUUCGGGCCCUUGACUGUGAGGAGCAAUGACUUCUAAGUACCAGUCUGACUGGAUUCCGUACAGUGUUUUGGAUGAUGAGAGUAGUAGUCUACGGCAACAGAAGCUGGACAGGCAGCGCGCUCUAUUAGAACAGAAGCAGAAGAAGAAGCGCCAGGAGCCGCUCAUGGUUCAGUCUAACGUGGACGGUCGGACUCGCACUCGCAGGAUGAAGCAGUCGGAGGAGCAGGCGCCCCUGGUGGAGUCCUACCACAGCAGUAAUAGCAGCACAAUCUAUCAUGUGCAGGAGGCUGAGCAGGAGGACACGCAGGUGGCGACUGAAGCUCAACCGCCAAAAUCUACUAAAAAGAACAAGGCGGCCGCCGCUGCCAGUUGCCCGUCUGGCAGCGCCAGGAAAGAGAGAAAAGGAAAGCAGAAAGGUAUCGAUGGCCCCGCGGCUGCUUUCCAGGACGAGGCUGCGGACACUGGAAGUCACGUCCAGAUCCUCACAGUCGGUCAGUCCAACCACGAGGAGGACGAGGGGGAAACAGCAGCCACCAGCCAGAGCAAGCAGGACCUGAGGAUGACCAUGCAGAAGAAAGGAAUAUCCAGCAGCAUGAACUUCGAUGAGGAGGAAGAUGAGGAGGAUGAGGACAGCUCCAGUUCUUCUCAGAUGAACAGUAACACCCGACCGGGCUCGGCCACCAGCAAGAAAUCCAAUAAGGAGACGGCGUCUGCCCCCAGCCCCUCCAACAAUGAGCCAUCCAUCGAUGUAGAAGAUCUGGAGGAGUUUUCCAUGCGGCCGGCCCCUCAGGGGGUCACCAUCAAGUGCAGGAUUACCAGAGACAAGAAGGGCAUGGACCGGGGCAUGUACCCCACCUACUACCUGCACCUGGAGCGGGAGGACGGUAAAAAGGUUUUUCUAUUGGCCGGAAGAAAACGGAAGAAGAGUAAAACCUCGAAUUACCUCAUCUCCAUCGACCCCACCGACCUGUCCCGGGGAGGAGAAAGUUUUAUCGGCAAACUACGGUCCAACCUGAUGGGAACCAAGUUCACUGUCUACGACAGCGGCGUCAAUCCGGUGAAGACGUCCUCCAGCCUGGAAGCCAGCAACCUACGGCAGGAACUCGCAGCCAUCUGCUAUGAAACCAAUGUCUUAGGGUUUAAGGGCCCCCGGAAGAUGAGCGUCAUCAUCCCCGGCAUGAACAUGGACCACGAGAGAGUCUCCAUACGACCGCGCAACGAGCACGAAACGCUUCUCUCCCGAUGGCAGAACAAGAACACGGAGAGCGUCAUCGAGCUGCACAACAAGACGCCCGUCUGGAACGACGACACCCAGUCCUACGUCCUGAACUUCCACGGCCGCGUGACACAGGCGUCUGUCAAGAACUUUCAGAUUAUACAUGACAACGACCCUGAUUACAUUGUCAUGCAGUUUGGUCGUGUGGCAGAAGACGUCUUCACGAUGGAUUAUAACUACCCCAUGUGCGCCCUCCAGGCCUUCGCCAUUGCGCUCUCCAGCUUCGAUAGUAAACUUGCCUGCGAGUAAUCGCAACGCCCGCCCCAAAGUGUCUGCGGCUGCGGCCGCUCCGUGUCUCACCCUGUUUUAUGGGCUGGACGAUCUGUACGUUUUGUUGCGUCGCCAUAAGUGGUGAGAAGCCAAGGCCGCGGGCGCCGCCGCUUUCUUCGGAGAAGUCGUCCUGUACGUUGGUGCGAUGGCGGCCGAGAACUUUCCUUCCUCCGCUCACGACUCCUUUCUACAAUUGUGCGAAUUGUCAUUUUAUUUUUGUAUUUGUUUUUAUUGAGGCUGAAAGUGGUGGGGGAGGGGUGACGAGGUUAUAACUGCCCCUCCCCCUCUUAUGGUGGGGGAGGGGUGACCGGGGUUAUAACUGCCCCUCCCCCUCUUAUGGUAGUGGUGGGGGAGGGGUGACCGGGGUUAUAACUGCCCCUCCCCUUUCAUAUUGAUGGUGUGUAUGGGGGGGAUUUUCUGCUUUAUAUUUUAAUAUGAACCUAACACGAUGUGUCCUGUGGCCCCCGGAUCCAUUUCUAGCACCCCCUCCCCCGGACUCAUCUGUCUACAGAAAAUCUGCAGUUACCACAACUAUUAUCAGGAAGCACAAACUAAAGGGGCACUCUGCACUCUGCACUCUGCCCUCUGCCCUCUGCCCUCUACACUCUGCCCUCUGCCCUCUGCCCUCUGCCCUCUACACU